UCUUGCCGCAACGCCAUUUUUCCGGAUCAUGGCCGACAACGAGGCGCUCGUGUACAGCGGGUCGGUCUACGCGUUCGCCUUUGACGCAGCGACGCAGGCGCACAAGCCGCUAAGCGAGUCGCCGCUGGGCGUCGCGCUCUUGGCGUCGCCGGCGAUGGCCUACCGCCUCCUCUGCUACAACGCGGCGCGGGACGAGGUGCUCUCGACGCCACUUACGGACGUCCACGCCAAAUUUACGGUCCAGCAAGACCACUAUGUUAGCUUUUACGACGAUAGCACCAACUACUCGAUGCGCUUCAAGGACGACGCCGCCGUGCACGCCUUUGUGACGGCCAUCGCGGCCAUCAAGGCGCACCUCUCGUUCUUGGACCCGUCGCUGCCGUUCGAAGACGUUGUCGUUGGCGACGGCUACGGCGUGCAGAUGGGCGACAUUGUGGGCAUCGCGAUCGACGCAUGGCAGACAACAAGCGCCGACGCGAGCCCCGCCGACUUGCUUUCGUCGACGCCGAUCGUCCAUGCGCCGGUGACCGAGCUCCAGAAACUGCGCCUUGGCGACACGAGCACCGAGAGCAUCCCCGGCCUCUCGAAAGCGCUUGUUGGCAUGCAAAAGGGCGGACGACGCUUCAUUUACCUCCCCAUGUCGACGUCGCCCAAGACGCUAAUCCUCGCGCACAUCGAACUGCUGAAAAUCAAAAAGGAGAAGAGAGGCCACGUGACGCCGCCGUCCGAGCCGACCGCGGCGCCUGUCGCAGAGCCCACGGACGAGCGCCACGGUGACCUCGUGAACCGCAUGGCGCUCCUCUCACGUAUGGGCAGCAGCCAAGGCGCGGUGCUCCUCCCGCAACUGAGCUCGUCCGUCGCGCCGAUUUCGCGCCGUAGCUCGUUGGAUGCACCGACGCCAUCGGCCGAACCGUCGUCGCGCGUCCAGACGCCACUGGUUCUGGCCAUGGCACCGCCAGAGGCCGCUCCGACACCGGUGCCUCUGCGCACACCGACAAUGACACCAACACCGACACCGACAUCGACGCCGAGCCCGCAACUCGACGCACUCAUGCGCGAGAAGGAAACCUUGCUUAAGGAGCAAGCCGCCUUGGCUAAAAUGCGUCAAGAGUGGGAAGACGCGGCCCGACAGCCGGCACCGACGCCAGCCCCGGCACCGGCGCCCGUCCGGUCGUCGCCCGUGACGCCGCCGCGGCAACCGACGUCGGACCCGGUCGUGCGGGCGUCGACCAUGUACGCGCCGCUCUCGAUGCACGCGCCGCCGUCGUCGGCGUUUUUUGAACCGACGCCGUUCCUCUCGUCGUUUACGCCGGCGCCAGCACCCGUGUACACGCCGACAACGGCCACAUAUGCGUCCACGCCGCCGUUCACGCCUCCGUAUGCAGCGGCGCCGGUGGCCGCCAACAGCGCCGAGCUCGAUGCGAGCAUCCAGCGGGUGGCGCGAACUACGCUGUCGAUGGAAGGCAUGCUUCUCGAUUUGCAGUCCAAGAUGGACCGUCUCUUGGCGCACCGGGCGUCGCCAUCCACGACAUCAAGCUAUUACCGGCGCGACACGUCAUCGUCGUCGUCGUCGUACGGCAACACGUCGCUGCUCAAGAGCAUGGAGAAGGUCCUGAGCCAGAACGAAGAAUACCAGCAUGAAAUCAGCGCGCUCUCUCAGCAGCUGCAAGACGUGACGUACCGCUCAAACCAACUCCAGGACGACCUCGACCGCGCGCACAAUGACAACCAGCGCAUGCAGCAGCAGUCGUCGUCGCAAGCCCGCAUCUCGUCCGAGCUCCAGAACCUCCAAGCGGCGCUCGACCACGCCAAGCAGCGCAGCGCGCAGGUCGAAGCAGACCUGUCGCGCGCACUUGCCCGCGCCGACGACGAGCGCAACCGCCGCCUCGCGGCCGACGACCAAGUGCAGCACCUCACGCGCGCGAUGCAGACACAAUCUCAAACGUCGGCCGACGCGGCAUUGCACGAGCGCCAGCUAGAAGAGGCGCGGAGCGUCGCUAUGGCGUCCCAGAAAAAGUGGGCCGACGAAAAGCAAGCACUGCUCGCGCGCCUGGCAUCGAUCGAAGAGGCCAAAGCGAGUCGCGAAGCGCAGCUGCAGGAAGCGGCCGCCGCCGCCACGGAAGCGGCCGAGCGCACGCGCACGCAAAUGCAAGCCGAGCGCGAGAGCCACAACCGGGACGCGGCCGAGGCCAUGCAGCAUUUGAACGAACUCGUGGCGGCCGGUGACGACAGCCGCAAGAAGCACGCGGCGCUGGAAGCUCAAUUGCGCGCAGCGGAAGAGCGCGCCGACGACGCGCGGGCGAAAGCGGCGGCCGCGACCACCGACGUCUUCAAGGAGCUCAUGAACGACAUUUACUUUGCGUGCCAAGACGCCUUCGAAGAAGACGGCGAGUUUACCGGCAAGGAAGUCGCGAUUACGAUUCGAAAGAUCCUCAAGCAGCAGACGGCAACUGUGCUCUCCAAGCUCGAGACCUCACAGUAAUCCCAGAACGGGUUGCUACAACCGGAGCCACAAGAUAUUCGCUUAUGCAGUAUGUGUGUUGCGAUUUCCGUGGUGCACAGGGAGCGAUAUUGGUACUCUUUAAGCGACCGUUUCGUUUGGA